AUGUUGAGAGAUUUUAAAUUUAUGCGUCGAAAUGCGGUAAAAAGCCCUAAUUUAGAAGAAGUUGAAAAUGUGCCUGUAAAUGGUAAAGUUAGUGAACAGACAGUACCGAGUUUCGGUACGGAUGGUUUGGCUAGGCCGCCGUUGAAUACGAUUCAGGAGCCUGUGCAAACGCCAAACCCUACUAGUAUAGUUGAUUCGGAAUUAGGGUUUAAGAACACGAAAGUCAAUAGGACACCAACUAAGGUCAAUGGUGGUGUUAAGGGAUUAGAAUCAGGAAUGUCAAUGAAAACACCGGAGAAACAAGGGGGUUUGGGUAAAAACCGAUAUGGUUGGGGUUCAGAAUCAAGACAUGAGGUGAAAAGUGUGAGUGAGAAUGUGUAUACUCCGAGGUCUUGCCGAACAGUAAGAGCUGCAAAUUCGGGUUAUUCCGAGUGUAAUUCUACUCAGAAGACACCUACGAAAAGUGUUAAUAAGCCUCCCAAUCCAGGGAUGUUUCGUGGAGGUAGUUCCAGGCCUCCUGUUGGUGGAAGUGUAUGUGGAAAUGGAAACUAUGGUGUGUUGUCCAGAGGCUUGCAAAAUGCUUGUAAUACUGUUAAUACGGUUGAGGUGCCACAUUUCGAUCUUAAAGAAGAUCCAUCUUUCUGGAUGGAUCAUAAUGUGCAGGUUUUGAUACGAAUUCGUCCACUAAACGAUAUGGAGCUAAGUACUCAAGGUUACAACAGGUGUCUAAAACAAGAGAGUGCACAAUGUCUGAGCUUUGUAGCGCAUCCAGAAACACGGUUUACUUUUGACCAUGUUGCAUGUGAGACGAUCGAUCAGGAAACACUUUUUAGGAUGGUUGGUCUACCGAUGGUGGAAAAUUGCUUGUCAGGUUAUAAUAGUUGUAUCUUUGCGUACGGACAGACAGGAAGCGGAAAGACCCACACAAUGCUUGGUGAAAUAAACGAGCUUGAAAUAAAACCCAGCCCGUAUCGAGGAAUGACACCAAGAAUCUUUGAGUUCUUAUUUGCCAGAAUAAUUGCGGAAGAGGAAAGUCGAGUGGAUGAAAGAUUAACGUACAGCUGCAAGUGUUCAUUUCUAGAGAUAUACAAUGAGCAAAUUACCGAUCUUCUUGAGCCAUCCUCUACAAAUUUGCAACUUCGGGAGGAUGUUAAAAAGGGUGUGUAUGUGGAAAAUCUAACCGAAUUCGAAGUUCACACUGUGGGUGAUAUCCUUAGGCUUCUGAGUCGGGGCUCUUCAAAUAGAAGAGUUGCUGCUACUAAUAUGAACAGGGAAAGCAGUCGCUCCCACAGUGUUUUCACCUGUGUAAUCGAAAGUAGGUGGGAGAAAGAUUCAACUUCCAAUCUACGCUUUGCCAGGCUAAAUUUAGUUGAUCUGGCGGGUUCUGAAAGGCAAAAAACUUCGGGUGCUGAAGGUGAGCGCUUAAAGGAAGCUGCAAGCAUAAACAAAUCGUUAUCUACACUAGGGCAUGUAAUAAUGGUUCUGGUAGAUGGUACUAAUGUGAGGACACGUCACAUUCCGUAUAGAGAUUCAAGACUGACAUUUCUUCUACAGGACUCAUUAGGCGGGAAUUCAAAAACAAUGAUAAUAGCUAAUGUUAGCCCCUCCAUAUGUUCUGCUACAGAAACGUUAAAUACUCUAAAGUUUGCGCAGCGUGCCAAACUUAUUCAAAACAACGCCGUGGUAAAUGAAGAUGCCUCGGGAGAUGUCAUGGCUCUUCAGCACCAGAUCCAACUUUUAAAGGAGGAGGUUGCUGUCCUUAAGAGGCAGAAUGUAUCCAGGUCGUUAACAUUUAGUUCAAAAGUCAUCGAAGAGGCCAGACAAGAACAUGAAAACGAUUAUGAUAACAUGCCUGGAGACGAGAACAAAAUCCUGAGGGUUUCCUCUAAACAGCUAAAAUCUUUAGAGACUUCAUUAACUGGAGCUAUGAGGAGAGAGCAAAUGUCAGAAACAUCUAUCAAACAACUUGAAGCAGAAAUAGAGCAUUUGAAUCGCCUGGUUCGUCAAAGGGAGGAAGAAAACAAGUGUACAAAGAUGAUGUUGAAGUUUAGAGAAGAUAAAAUUAAUAGGAUGGAGUCUCUUGUUGCUGGAUCAAUACCUGCUGACUCUUAUUUGCUUGAAGAGAAUAAUAUGCUCACCGAAGAAGUUCGGAUGCUGCGUUCAAAAGCUGAUAGGAAUCCAGAGGUCACACGCUUUGCAUUGGAGAACAUUAGGCUUCUUGAACAACUUAGAAGAUUUCAAGACUUCGAUAUAGAAGGUGAGAGAGAAAUGUUGCUAAAAGAAGUAUCUGAGCUAAGAGAUCAGUUGGUUUUCUUUUUUAACGAAAAUUCCGAGCAAGAUGAUUGCAUGCAAACGGUUGCUGUUCAUGAAAAGAAAGAAAACAAUUAUCUUCGAUUGGAGCUGAAAAGAAGCCAAGAAGAGUUGGAGAAAUGCAGGCAUAACCUAACUUCUUGCUUAGAGAGAAAUGAAAAGCUCUGUAAGGAGAUUGCGGAUGUGAAUGCUUUACUAAACCAGAAAUCUGCUAUGCAUGACCAGGGUGAUGGUAUUGAGGUCAUAAAGGAACCCAUUUUGGAAGAUUCUUCUGUAUGUGUUCGGUCAUUACAUACAGUCCAAAAGACAUCUGAUUCUCAUGUGGAGCAUCCAGAAGAAGAUAUAAAUAUGCAUUUGGAGGUAUUGGAGGCUCCAGUUGGUGAUCAAUUGUCUCAUGCAGUUCCAAGGAAGAAUGAAACUUCAAUAGAUCCCCUUGAAGAAGUUAUGGAUCUUCAACUGAAAGUAGACAUUCUGGAGAUGACCUUGAAGGAGCAGAGCCUGUCCCAUGGGCAAAUAAAGGAAGCAACUCUAUGCCUAAGAAGGGACUUAAAGUCAACAGAAGAAAUGUGUUUGUUAACAACAAAUCAAUGUAAAGUUCUAAGUGAGGAACUUAAGGAAGCAAAAUCUGUUAUUGAGGCUCUCGAGACUCAACAACUUAUAUCUAUUAAUGAGCUGGAAGAUCUUAGAAACAGUAAUAAUCAAUAUGCUCAAGCACUGCAUGAAAAAGAACUCAAAAUUAUGUCUUUGAAUGAUAAGAUUCUCGAUCAAAUGUCAAUGGACAUGCCUUCAUCUACAAGUGAACAAGACAAGAUGCACAGGAUGCUGGAAUCUCUUGAAAAAGCUAAAAGGACAAAUAAGUUUUACAAAACUGAACGGGAAUUUCACGCUUCGAAUGAAGAAGAUAUGGAUGAAGUGCGAAAACAAGUCGAGGCUGAAACUGCUGAGGUCAUAGUUUCUUUGCAGGAAGAAAUUAGCAGUUUACAGCAACAAGUAGAUGACAGCAGUGUUAAAGAACAAGAGCUUACACGGGAGUUGACACUUUUGCACGAGAGAUUUAGUGUCACGUCUGAAUGCAAUGAAACACUAAGGGAAAGUUUCGAAGAAAAAGAAAGACAAUUAAACGUUUUGACUAGUGAGAUUGAGGAGGUUCUUGUUUCAGGUCACGAGGCACUAGAGAUUGCUUUAAAUGAAUUUCAUGAUGUUACUGUAUGUGGGAAAUUACAGAUGAUCACAAAAAGCAUCUUUGAAAAGGAGUCCCAAAUAAAGGAACUUAAUAUAUGUUUAGAGGAUGCGAAAAACAGAGGUAUUGAAAUGGAGAGCAUGCUGAGGUCGCUAAAAGAGGCAACUUUGGCUAUGUCAGAUGUUCACCAACAAGACUGCGAUGAAAAGGAUAAAGUAAUCUGUCAACUGUCAGCUCAGUUGAGUGAGAAGUGUUCUAUGAUAGUCCAGUUGAAUCUUCUAAUCACUGAAAGGGAGGAGGAAAUAAAAAAGGUGAGUGCUUGUGCAACAGGUGCAUUUGUGAUCGUGAACAGGUUCUCUGAAAUGAAAGAUGGUUAUCUUGAAGCAGUGACACAGAAAGAAACCGAGCUUGAUGAGUUGAAAAAGAUUCAUAUAAUUCAGGCUUGUAGGAGUUCAAGAGAUGUGAGUCGCAGGGAUGAUACCAUUAUUCUUUUGAAGAAAGAGCUUGAGACUGCUAUUGGGAGUCUGAAUGGAGUAAAAGCUGAGAUGGCCAGAUUACGAUCUGAGAAAGAAGUAGUUUUACUUUCUGAGAAGCAAAGUCGCAAAAGUAUGGAAGAUCUUGUUCCACAACUUCUUACAAUACAAUCCGCUGUGGAUAGUUUUGAGAAGCAAAUUGGAGUAGCCAUGUUUUCUUUGGAUCACAAGAUACAGACUUUUGAAGAAAUUUUGCAGGAAUCUUGCAAAUCCUGCAUUUACAAAUGGAAGAUCUGCGAUCUAGAGCUUAUGGAUGCCAAGGUAAAUGCAGCACAGCAAGCAGCAGAAUCUUCUUGUGUCUAUGCCAAAUUUGCAGAGGCGCAGUACACUAUCAAAGAAGCAGAUGUUAUGAUCAACAAGUUGCUAAUUGCAAAUGAAAUGAUGAAGCUAGACAUUGAGACUCUAAAGAAAAAGGAGCUUACUUUAAUAGCUGAGAGGGACAUGAUUUUGCAAGGCUUUGAAACUGAUACCAUGGGAAUGAAAAAUGAAGUGGAAGAACUCGAGGGUAUGAUUUUGCAGAUCCAGUCUUCAGUAGAUGAAGAUCUAAUCCCAAUAACCUUAGACUUCUUAUGCAUGAAGUCUCAAAUUCACGACUCAAGUAAGUUGAUUCAGUCAUGGAUUGAAGACAUAUCGUCAGAGAUAAUUGCAAAAGACUGUGCUGUUUCUGUUCUAAGUGAGUGUCACGUGGGGAUACUUCAGGAAACGGUAACUGGGUUAGAUACAGAAAACGGGCUCCUUCACCACGGCUUAUGUGAAUCGAAUUCUCUAGCUUCACAAUUAAUGGAGCAGAAUUGCAAAUCAAGAAACGAGCUUGAAAUGUGCAGAAAUAUUCAAGGGAAGUUAUUGGAAAAACUCGAGAAUAGUUUUGAUCGCGUGUCAAAGGGAACAGAAGAAACUGGAGCGCUUUUGGUCAAGCUAUCUAAUUUCGAGGAGAAGAUACUAAAUUUAGAGCUUCAGGAGGAAGCAAUGAUGGAGAGAUCAAAUUUUAUAGGAUCUGAACUUUCAGCUCUCGCGAAGGAUGCCAUGGAUAGUGAUGAAGAGAUGAAAGUUCUGGAAGAGAAGUUCUUGGUGAAUUUAUUAGCUAAAGAUGUGGAGCUCAUUACCAUGUCAUCAGAACUAAAAGAAAAGGAUUUGCACUGGAAGGAUCUAGAGACAGAGAAUAAAAUUAUGUGUAUGGUUUUUGAGAAGUUUAAAGAAGAAAUUAUCAUCUGCAAUGUUGAUAUGUGGUUAAAAGGUUACAUCUUGUUGGACAAAGAAGCUGAGGUUGCCUUUCUGCACAAAGAUGUCAAGGAAAAGGGAAGUCAAAUGCUUACACUUGAGAUGUCAUCAUUCAGACUUCAAGAGGAGUUAAAAAUUAAAGAUAUGGAGCUAAGGAAUAUGAGGCUACAUGAGGAGGAGAUAAAGAACAAAUAUUGUGCUAUUUCUCGAGUUUCGGAGGAGAUGAAAUCUGUUCUAAAACAACAUGAAGCUAUUAUUGAUUUGAGCUCAAAAGAGUGUAUUAAUAUGAUGAGUACUCUGGAUAAGAAGAACAACAGAGUGUUCACAUUAUUAAGUGAGAGAACUGUGGUACUAGAAGAAAGCUUUGUAGAAAUAAGUAGAAGCACUGAAAAGAUUAAUACGUUAAUAGAGAAUUUUGAAUGUUUAGAGAAACUUGCUAAAGAGGUAAGUGCUGAGAAUUGUAAUCUUCAAAGUGAGUUGACCAGGAAGGAUGAAGUUCUUGAGGGAUUAUUAUUCGAUCUACGCUUAUUGCAGGAAUCCUCCUCUGAUAAAGUGGAUCAAAAAUAUGAAGUUGAAGAAUUAGAAACCACUUUAGAGGAUCUAGAGAAUGCGCUUGAUGGACAGAUUGUAAAAAACCAAUUCCUUGAAUCUCAACUUAAGGAGAAAGUUACCACAAUCUCCAUGCUCGAGGCAGAAGUUUCAAGAGAAGGUGAAUUGGUAAAAUCACUAUCUUCUGAGAUUCAGAUACUGACCGAAAGUGCCAAAGAUGCCUUGAAAGCAAAAGAGACUACUGAGGUACAGUUGAUUGAGACAAAGAAAGCUAAUGAUAGCUUGGAAAUCGAGUUGGCUCAUCUGGAACCUACUCUUGUCGAAAUGAGAACAUUGGUUGAAUCAAGAACAAGUGAUUUGAAUAGUGUUAGUAGUAGGAGGGAUGAUCUCCAUACUGAGGUUAUUGAACUAAGAAAGGAGUUAGAGAUGGCGCAAGCCCUUGCUGAGGAAAAUGAGGCAAUUGCAACAGAAGCUAAACAGAUGGCCGAGACGAGUAGAAUGUAUGGUGAAGAGAAGGAAGAAGAGGUUAAACUGUAUGAGAAAUCCAUAGAAGAGCUGGAGUUUAUUGUGAAUGCCCUCGAGAGCCAGGUUGACAUGGUCAAAGCAGAGGCGGAAAGGCAACGUUUGCAACGUGAAGAGCUAGAAUUAGAGUUCCAAGCUUUUAAACAGAAAAUCAAUACCGGAAAAAGUAGUGAUACAGAGAGAGAGAAGUGUCUUCAAGAGGUCUGUAAACGUGUUCAAGUUCUUGAGAAAGAGAUUGCCUCCAGGGAUUCAGAGAUUCUCCAACAUAAAUCUCACAUCACCGAACUUAAUCUGCACGCUGAAGCUCAAGCAAGAGAGUAUAAACAAACAUUCAAGACGUUGGAGGCAAUGGCUGCUGAUCAAGUUAAGUUGGAUGUUUCUGCUCCAUACAUCUCAAAUUCACCAUCAAAGAAACUAGAAAAGAAUGCAUCAAGAUCAAGGGGUUCUGGUUCCCCAUUUAAAUGCAUUGGUAUAGGUUUAGCACAACAAAUGAAGUCCGAGAGGGAUGGGGAGCUUUCUGUUGCAAGACAGAGAAUUGAAGAGCUUGAAGCAUUGGCUGCAAGUCGGCAAAAGGAGAUAUUUGCGCUGAACGCAAAAUUGGCCAUGUCGGGGAGCAUGACACAUGAUGUGUUACGUGAUCUAUUGGGCAUUAAGUUGGAUAUGACUACUUACUCGUCCUUAGUAAAUGGCCACCAUAUCGAGGAAGUAAAUGAAAAGGCCCAGCUUCAUAAUGUUGAAGUACAGUGCAAGGAAGAGGAAGUGAUUAAGAUCAAGCAGCAGUUAAAUGAGCUGGUCAUGGAACGCAAAGGGUGGCUGGAGGAAAUUGAAAGAAAACAGGCAGAGAUGAUUGCAGCACAAGUUGCAUUGGAACAACUCCGUCAAAGAGAUCAUUUACUGUCAACAGAAAAUGAAAUGUUCAAGACUGAAAUUUCUAAUCACAAGAUGAAGGUCUUCGAGCUUGAGACUCAAGUAGCCAAGUUAUCGGGCCAGCAAAAUCUUCAACAAAGAAUUCACCAUCAUACCAAAAUCAAAGAGGAGAACAAUUUUUUGAAAAAUGAGAAUGAAGAACUGAGUCGUAAACUGAGAAGAGUUGAUGCUAUCCUUUGCCAUGUUCAGGAAGAGUAUGCUAAUUUACGUGCAGCCUGUGGGAAGAACUCCUAUUAUGUGGAAACUGGGCUACAAGUGGAUGAAAAACUUAGGGAAACUGAAGACGAGAGGGAUCGACUAGCACAAAAGCUGUCUGCCUUAUGCACCAACAUUUUAAAGGCAGCUGGAGUAACAGCACAGCCAUCAGAUGUUACUGUAUUCAGGGCUGAAGAAGCAUUGGAACAGUUCCAGAAUCGUGUGGCCACCCUCGAAAGAGAAUUAAAAAAUCUGCAAUAUAAGAAUAGAAUCAACAAUGAACGAGCACGGUUAUCUGAAAUCAUGCCAACAAUGACUGAUGAAAACCGACAAACCAGCAAUAGAUCAUCAACUCGAAGUCCAUUUCUUUCUACUUUAGAUCGAUGAAAGCUCAUUUGGCACUUCACAUUCAUGACUCCUUGAAACAAAUUUUGCGUCUCGAUGACCAUAUGUGGUUAUGUUGUAUAGUUAUGGUAAAAAGCUGGGAUCCAUAGUUUUUCUUGGCAUUAUUAGUGUCAAGGAUGAAUCAUUUUUACAUUUUGUAUAGUGCCCUAUAUACCCGUAUCAUAUCAGAAGAAAUAUGUAUAUAGCUCUAAAACAUUUGUAUUCAAGUUGAUAUUUGAAGUUGUAAUUAAAUACUAUUAUAUUAUCAACAUUUGCAUCCAUCA